AUGGGCAAAGAAGAGAAGCGGAAAAAUCGCCGUCUUUUGGCGGUUCCGGCCUGGGCCGAUUUCGCCACUUCCCCACCUCUGCCCGCGGUCUUCGACGCCACCGCUGCCAGUCUGUUGGCAUACCGACAGACGCCUCGACUCGGUCCGUCCGGCUCCGGCCGAUUAUGCGGCCUCCUUCUGCCCUCCCCGGGACCUACUCCGCCAACCGUGAAGGUGGUCAGUCCGAAAACCGCCUCCGCGUUCUGCCACGUGUCGGAAGAUCUGCUGUUUCCGCCUCCUUCCGAAGUUGCAUUUUGGACACCCACUCUUCCGCUCCUGCCGAACCUCCACUCGGUGGAUGUGGAGGACAGCUCCAGACUCUGCGGCGUCCCGCGGACAAAGCAGCUCCUUCCGAACGCCGACUUCCUGAAGGAUGGGAUUGCAGAGCCGGCCUUAGGUAGUUCCAAAUUACGAUCUGAACCGGUCAGUGGAGAGUGCCAGAUGCAUUCGUUGCCCCAGAUCCCUGAGUCCGAGUAG